AAGAAAUACAAAGCCCAAAUCGGACCCGUUAACCCGUGUCUGAUAUCUAGGGUUUGAACUUUGAACAAAACCACUGGUUCUUCGCUCCCGGAAGCUACUUGCUUCGAUCAAAUUUAGCAGCGGCGCAAUGGUGAAGUAUUCAAAGGAACCUGAUAAUCCCACUAAGUCUUGCAAAGCUAGGGGAGCUGCUCUUAGGGUCCACUUUAAGAAUACCAGAGAAACUGCACAUGCCAUUCGUAAGUUGCCCUUGAUCAAGGCCAAAAGGUACUUGGAGGAUGUUCUUGCACACAAACAAGCUAUUCCAUUUACUCGCUUCUGUAGAGGAGUUGGACGAACUGCUCAGGCUAAAAAUAGACAUUCUAAUGGACAAGGGCGUUGGCCUGCAAAGUCCGCAAAGUUUAUUCUGGAUUUACUGAAGAACGCUGAGAGUAAUGCUGAAGUGAAGGGAUUGGACGUGGAUUCCCUUUACAUUUCUCAUAUUCAAGUCAACCAAGCACAGAAGCAAAGACGUCGGACAUAUCGUGCUCAUGGAAGAAUCAAUCCAUACAUGUCAUCCCCGAGCCACAUUGAAUUGACUCUGUCUGAGAAGGAAGAGCCUGUCAAGAAGGAGCCUGAAAGCCAGUUGGCUCCGAGGAAAAAGACAAACCAAGCCUUACGCAGUGGUGCUUCCUCUUGAAUCAUGCUACUUUGUUGUGAUUUAAGGAUUGUUGAGAGUUUCAGUUUUUCCAUUUUCUUGAAGAGAAUUUUGGUGCUUCUGUUAUGAGAUUCUCCUCUUUAAAUUUUAUUAGAGAUUAUUGUAUUUUAUAUCUGACUAGUUCUAAACCAGUUAACUGUUUCGUA